GUUGGGUUUCUCUUGUGUAUGGCCGAUAUUAGUCGCCCUGCUUUGAUUAUUAUUUUUCCCUCAAUACGGCCGUAAAGUUGUUUUAAUAUACUAUAUAUCUCUUUGUUUACUACCUCAACUGGGUUUCUUCAAAAAUUCCUGAUUUUGGGAUUGGUGCUAGUCCAAGUCCACUCGAUUGGAAGUUUCUGGGUUUUGAUUUGAGUUGCCGAUUUGAUUUCAAAGUUUGUUCCUUUUCGGCUUUGAGAAUACUCUGGACAGCUCUAAGCAGAAGUGUGAUUAGACCAUAUCCGAUUAGGAUCAGUUUGGCUUUGUUGUUUGGUUGUAAGAGAACUGUUUCAAGUCUCAAUCUUUGUCAAUCCUCUGGAGCCCUUCUUUGCUCUGUGUCUGCUUCUCCUGGGGCAUGAACAAAGCAACGUUCGCAGGAGCUAUAGAAUCUAGUUUCUCAUUGACUGAUGCUCUAACUAUGCAGAGGAACGGAGGCAUCAAUAAUCCGCGUAUCCCAACAUCACCAAUGUCCUUCUCGAAUAAUAACAUUAACGUUCCAGGCUCCUUGGUUCUUGAUGGGUCUGCUUCAAUGCAGCAAGGAGGACAAGGUUCAGUUCCAAUGAGGGAAAGCCCAAGUUAUUCCCACGUGGACAAGAAGCCCAAGCUAGAGGUUAAGCAAGAGGACAUGCUGCAGCAGCAGGUUUUACAGCAGUACAUCCAGCGUCAGGACCCGGGGGGAAGGAACCCGCAGCUGCAAGCUUUGCUUCACCAGCAGAGGAUGAGGCAACAGCAGCAGAUUCUUCAAUCCAUGUCACCCUCUCAGAGACUCCAACUCCAGCAACAGCAGCAGUUGUUGAGACAGCAGCAAGGCGCUCAGCAGAUCCCUCCUAGCGUACGUCCUUUUGAACCUGGCGUCUGUGCAAGGAAACUGAUGAUGUACUUGUAUCAUCUACAGCAACGACCUGCUGAGAAUUGCAUUACUUAUUGGAGAAAAUUCGUGGCUGAGUACUUCUCACCUCGUGCAAAGCAAAGGUUGUGCUUGUCACAGUACGAAAGUGCUGGCCACCAUGCGCUUGGCAUGGUUUCACAGGCAGCUCCGGAUAUGUGGCAGUGUGAUCUUUGUGGCACCAAGUCUGGAAAAGGAUUUGAGGCAACGUUCGAUGUGCUUGCAAGACUAAAUGAAAUCAAAUUUGCUAGUGGCAUCAUUGAUGAAUUCUUAUAUCUGGACCUUCCACGAGAAAACAGAUUUUCCAAUGGACUGAUGAUGUUAGAAUAUAGAAAAGCAGUUCAGGAAACUGUACAUGAGCAGUUUCGUGUUAUCCGUGAGGGCCAUCUUCGCAUCAUAUUCUCUCAAGAUUUGAAGAUACUUUCUUGGGAGUUCUGUGCUCGGCGUCAUGAAGAGCUUCUCCUCCGCAGACUUAUUGCUCCACAGGUGAACCAGUUGCUUCAGGUUGCACUGAAAUGCCAGAGCACAAUCUCGGAGAGUGGGUCAGAGGGAGUUUCUAAGCAGGAUUUACAGUCAAACAGUAACAUGGUCUUGGGAGCAGGACGGCAGCUGGCAAAGUUCAUGGAAUUACAGUCUCUGAAUGAUCUUGGCUAUCCAAAAAGAUAUAUCAGAACUCUACAGAUAUCUGAAGUUGUCAAGAGCAUGAAGGAUCUGAUGAACUUCACUGGCGAGCAAAAAAUCGGCCCUAUUGAGGGGUUGAAACGGCUUUUUGAACAGACAGCGGCAGUAAAGCUCCAGAGACGGAAAGAGAUGGAGCAGUUAGGUAAUAGUGGAGCUAUAAUGAAUGCGUCAUCUCAAGCUCAGAUGGCAUUGACACAAGGAACGAUGAACGGCCUAACUGGGAACAACAAUCACCCUCAAAUUGUCGGUCGUGGAGCUAUGAAUGGCUCAGCUCAAGCCGCAGCAGCUCUGACCAACUACCAGAGCAUGCUCAUGAGGCAAAAUGCUAUGAACAACCCAAACUCAAAACAAGAGGGGUUCUCUAGUCAGAGCCAGAGUCCAUCUUCCUCGUCUCAUCAGAGGCAGAACUUUGCCAAAGGUGGGUUUUCCAGCUCUCCCCAGAUGCAACAGCAACAGCAGCAGCAGCGCACCAUGAAUGGCGCUCCCAACACGCUUCAACAGAAUCCUUCUCAUCGUUUGCUGCAACCACCACAUUCACAUGGUAACAAUCAGGAGCAGCAGAUGCUUCACCAGAUGUUGCAGCAGAUGUCUGAAAACGGAGCAAAUGUGCAACAGCAACGAGCCUUUUCAGGUCAAAGUGGUGGCAAUAGUAAUGCAGAGAGGAACCCAACUGCCUCUACUUCAAACAUCUCAGGAGGAGGAGGCCGUGUUCCAAGCCGCAACAACAGUUUCAAAUCAGCUUCAAACAGCAACCUUCAUUUAACAGAAGAUAUACCACCUAUUACAGAACUACCUCAUGAUUUCUCAGCAGACGACUUCUUCAACAACAGCGAUAUUUAUGGCAGCUUGUAAGAUCUCAACUCAAACAGAAGCAUUGUUACUUUGACAUAACAUAAUGAAGGAGGGUUUGGGCUUUAAUUUGGGUCUUUGUAUAGAAACCAAAGAAAUAUUGAGAGAAACUGUUAUUUGUUGUAACCUAUAUAAGGCACUUUAGCAUCUUUUUCCCACCUUUUUAAGUGAUAGUAUGAUGAGAUCUUAGGUUAUGAUCUCUGCAAACAUUUUUCAAGUGA